GUGAAGCCAAGUGAAUCUUACAAUGUGCAGGUGGUCCAGCUUAUUAUUGGCGUGUGCAAAGUGCAGGUCCAGUCGAGGGUAUAUAUUUGAGGGCCUGGAGAUUAUGCAGACCCUCUUGGAGCCGAGCAGCAAGUUCUCUCACAAGGCCAGCCUGUCGCUAUUGGCUGGCUAUCUCCUUUGAGAAAAUCUGCUGUUUUAAAUUAGCCCAAAAGCAUGCCCAGUCAUGUAAGGAUGCCCUAAAGAAAUUAAAAAACAUCAAGCCUGUCAAGUGGCCCGGUACAGACCAGCUCAUUAAUUGGACACGUGCCGAUGUAUUAGAGAGUGAAUGUAAUUUACUGCUGGAGAAGCUUUCCUCAUCCAAACCUUCCCCUAAGGCCAAAUGUCGCUACAAAAACUGCAUUACAACACAAGGCAUCCCAUAUGCCAAAGAUGAGAUUUAUUUGACGGACCCAGACUUCAAGGGGUAUUUAAAAUUGUAAUAUUGUGAGGAGGACUGUACUGUAAGUUACCACCCGUGCUGCUGGAAGGCUUUGAAAGAGCAACAUGAUGGCAGUAUCAACAGAAUGUCUGACAAGGACUUUUUAGGUGAGGUGUGUGUGACUCCAGAUUGUACUGGCAAGAUUUCCCAGCAUUCAAAUUUAUGAUGAUGAAGGUUACCUGAAGAAUGAAUUGGUGAAGGACAAGAAGGACAGGAAGCACAUGGCAGCUCCUGUGAAGCAGAAGAAGAAAAAGGACAAAAAGAAAGAAAAAACACAGGUUCACAAGAAGAGGACCAGGGUGGAGAGUGUGUGUGAGGACCAAGCCACCAAUGAUGAUACAUCGCCUGCAGCAGCAGAUAGUACUAGUGUUCAAAAUGCCCCCACCAACAGUAAUAAUAAUAGCAGUGGCAGCAAUAAUAAUGACAAGCACAAGUCCUCUCAAAAGCCCCUGCUGCCCAUUGAUCCCGAGAGUCUGGAGAAAGCUCAAGUCACCAUCCUUAAGCCUGGAUUGGAGGCUGAGGAAGUUUCACCCACCAAGUCCACCAAAAGGAACAGGAAAAAGAAGGUCAAAAAGACUGUCAAUCAACAAAACCUUCUUGGAGAUCCUCUUGAGUCUGAUUCAUGUGUUCAAAGUGAAUACAUUGCCCGCCUGCGAAUGUUGCGGCAGCAGAGGGAUGCACUUGAGGCUGGUGAAUCCCCCAACCCUAUGAAGCCCAUCAUUAUUAGCUGUGACACCCAGAAACCUGUCAUUCUGCUGGAUCCUGACAAUCCUUUCUACCUCCCACAACACUUGCGGGACAAUCCUGAGGAGCUGGAGAGAGUGCUACAAGAGAAACUGACCACUAGUUCACCACCAGGCCUGCAGCAGGAGACCAUCAACACCCUUCUGGAUUUCAUGUAUGACUGGCUGAAGUCUGAGGGCCCAAUGCGCACCAAUGACCCAAGGCUGGCUGAACAGGUAGCCGAGAACUUCCCACAAGAGGCUCGGGAUUAUGUGAUACAGUGUGGAGGUAUCACUGGCCUCCUUAUGCAGUCUCUUAAGUUUGCCAUGAUUGACAAUAUUAUAUGUGUGCAUGACGAUGUUAUGAAGGCCCAGGAGAUGAUGUGCCAGGAGGUGAUGGACAAGAUGAUGCAAUCCAAGUAUCUGGUUCGGUACAGUGAUGGACAAAAGGCCAAACGAUUCACCCAUCUCUUGGAUGACAACAAGAGUACCUGCUCAACUACCUCCUCCUCAUCCCAACCUGCUGGCUCAGUGGCAGAGUCAACCAUCUCCAGAGACUCAGCAGGCACUGUCACCAGGUGGCACACCAACCACACCAGAAAUGACGACCCCAAUAACAAUGACAAUGAUAGUGAGAGCACUGUGUCCCUUGCUCCACUUUCCAAAGCUGUAGUGGACCAGUUUCAUAAAUUUGCUGUUUGUGCCCUGAACCCAACCGCCCCAGAAUUUGAGCCUCUCGUCAGCAACGAUGAGGGGAAAUCUGAGGAUGAUGAUGAUGAUGAUGAUGAUGAUGAUGAGGAUGAAGAUGAACUCAAAAGACAAUACAAAAGAAAACUCUUUGAUAAUGAUGAAAAUACAAGACAAUGGAGCAAAGGAGAUUGUGAAUACAUAGAGAACUGGGCAGCACAAGCAGGAGAGAAAGUUCCUAUAAUGCCUACUGAUGAAGAUGAGAUUGAGGUGGUACAGGAUGAGGAGCAGGAGGAGGAUGAGGAGGAAGAGGAAGAUGAGGAAGCUGAGGAGAGGGAAGUUGUGGUAGGAGAGGGAGAGGAAGAGAGGACAAAAUCCUUGCAAGAUGAGGAGGACUUAGAGGGAACAGAGCAAUACAUCAGUCAGCUGCUAGAAGAAAAAGAAAAGUUGAUAGGAGACCUUCAGAAUGAGCAGCAGCAGAAUCAGGUGUUGAGUGACAAGCUCUAUCAGGUGAAGUCACAGUACAAAAGUGAAGUCAUGAAGCUCAAGCAACAGCUGGAGGAACUUAAGGAUCAAAAUAGAGAGCUCACCACAGAAAAGAAUGCCAUUGUGUUGCAAAGAGAGGCAGACACUAAGAAGUUCAAGGCUGAUUUAUCCCGAAUGAAUGAGGAAAUGAAGGCCACCGGGAGUCGCCUACAGUCCAGUGAACUGAAGGGGGAACGUUUCCUGGACCAGAACAAUGAACUGCAAGCCAAACUAGCAGAGGAAAUGGAGCUGAACACUCAGCUGAAGGAGGAACUAGAAAAGAUGAAGAAUCUGCAGGAAUCCCUCACUAGUUGUUCUCGGCGGGCACGUGAGGCAGAGGUCAAGUACUUGUGUACUAAGAAGGACUUAGUGGAUGCCAGUAUGACCAGUACCAUCUCUCGGCUGACAGAGGAAGCCACUGCCAUGAAACAGCUGCUGCCGGGAACGACAGAGGACAGUGUGCUGGAUCGCACCACCCUCACUCGCACCAUUGUGUUAUGGGACGAGGCCAUCAAGAAACUCCUGGAGCAUCAGAGGAUAUUCAAAGAUGAGGCCACCCGCCUGCUGGGGAUGAUUCAUCAAGGACGUCCCCUCAGUGCCCUGCCUGCUGGGGACCUUCCCAUUCCACCCAUCCCUGAACUUAAUGUUGCUCCCAUACUCAGUCGCUUCCAGAACAACCACCACAGACCUUCUCCACCUACAUUUGGCGUCUCUGAAGUAUUAUCCAUGGACAUGCCCAGACACUCCAGCCCAGGUCCCCAGGGACCACCACACAGGUCCAAGGCCACUCCACCACCACCCAUAGCUGACCCAUCAUCUCAAGUGUCUAUCAUGCCCAUCUCUUUACCCAUUAUUCCACAUGGGGCACUCAGUGGACACCCCUUGUUUGUACACAAUGGUGGCCUUCCUCCCAAUCAUGCCAGUGCCUAUGCCAGUGGUGCCAUACCAAAGAGUGGUACCAGUGCUCCACCUGGAAUUCAGCAUCCCAAGGCUGCAGAAAUGCCCUGUCUGACACAGCAGACAGAGUCACCCAACCAGCUAUUUGUUGGCCAGCUGCCCUGGGAGUACACUGAAGCAGAUAUCAAGAACCUGUUCAGUCGGUUUGGUGAGGUGGUGUCCGUGAAUGUUUUUGACAAGGGCUGUAAUGCAGACGGCAGACCAGUCCCUAAGUAUGGAUUUAUCACGUUCCGUAAUGCUGACGACUGCUUUAAGGCUCUCUCUGCGCGGCCCAUAUAUGUACGUAAUCAUAUGCUCAAUGUACAAGCAAAGGAAGCUAAAAAGCCCACAAAACCAGCAAGUGUGCCAGCACCAGGUGGAGGAGGAGGGGUAGUGGGAGGAGGAGCAGGAGUAGGAGGGGCAGUGGGAGGAGGAGGUCUGACUGGCAUCAUUAACGAGCCGGACGCCACUAAUGGCACAAAGUCGUCAGCAUACGGACUGACUGACAUCACAGUCAAUGCCAACGUGGAGGCGAACAAGUCAACUGUCCUCCACCACCACACACUGCCCACAUCACCAACACUACACCAUCACCAACCUCCUCCUCCCACCACACAGUCUGUUACCAAACCCAAGUUCCAGGCUGUGAUCAGGCUGAGGGAAGGAUUAGCGGAGUGCCCAUCUGGGACAACACAUGCAAAGCUUCUCCCCAGCAACAACACUGUGGGAGGCAUUGUUGCUCCUCCCCCAAAACUGGUCCGUCCCCAGCCCAAGACCGUGCCCAACGCAUCAAAGCUAGGAGGCCAAGCUGGUACUUCCAAGGAGGAAAAUGUGAUGCCCUCGUCAUCUUCAUACACCAGGCUUAUUGAAAUUUGUAAACAGCGCUUCGGAAAGGAGUUUAGCUCGCCAGACAUCUGCAUUGCUUUGCGAGAGGUCCGUGCCCAGAACAACAACAGCCUGUCAGGGUUGACUACUGAAAAGAUUGUGGAGCGUGUGAGGCAGCAGCUGCGUUCCCGCCGACCCAGUGCAGGGGCAGCCACUGUGGCACCAUGGGCUGGCCUCACCCAGGGGCCAGGAGUCAAGACAGAACCAGAGUGGCAAGGUCCCAGCAAGGAGGAAGUAGUAAAGGAGGAGCAGUGUUCCAUUUGCCUUGAGCCUCUCAAUACCAGUCCCAACCAGUCCCUGGCAUGCCUCCACACCUUCCAUGCUCUCUGUAUCAAUGACUGGAUCAAGAUACAGUCCAAUUGUCCUAACUGCCGCAAGUUUGCUCUCAUGCCUGAUGAGUACCCAACACUCUCCCACAGUUAAGGUGUUGGUGCUGCAGGCCUUAUUGUCUUUGUAAGAUGUUUUACCUGUUAUUUUCUUCAGUAUGUUUCUCAACUGGAAUAAACCAUGGUUUAUUUCAUAGGAGGAGUAAUGGCAUAAAUUUUUAAAUUUUGCUUUAUUUCUCAGCUGGAAUAAAACGUGUUGUUUAUUCCACAGGAGAUAAUAUUGUUAAGUGUUCAUUAUUAAUUUGCUUGUGUAAGAAGCAAUAAUUAGUAUUAAGAGCACACUUGAAGUAAGAAAAACGCUCUAAAACAUUUCCUUAGUUUAAGAAUGGAUUAACAUUUCAAAUUCAACAUUACAAUUUUUAAUUGCUGUGAAAUAUGAGUUUUGCAAAUUAUAUCAUAAUGUGCCUUAUUAGAAAUUUAUAUUUUUUCUAUGUAGCAAUAACAUUUCUUUAGUUUUGUAUCAAUUUAUCUACAUUUUCAUUGUACUACCAAUGGAAUAAAAUGUGAUUUUUCAUAUUUAUAAUUUAUGUGUGGGUUUAGAGAUGUGGGUGUGGGUGGAUGUGUGGCUGUGGGGGAGGGACACUGAGUCUCAGCUAUCUCUCCUUUUGAAGGCGUGUACCUGGUGUAUUUUGGUAGUUGCAGACAGAAUUGCUACCUACCAUGAUGCUUUAUCUGAUGAUUUUGUUAACUUACUGGUGUUGAAUGCUAAUACUUGAAUAGUGUACAAAUGGCCAGUUUUAAUGGGUAAUUCUCUCUCUCUCUCUCUCUCUCUCUCUCUCUCUCUCUCUCUCUCUCUCUCUCUCUCUCUCUCUCUCUCUCUCUCUCUCUCUCUCUCUCUCUCUCUCUCUCUCUCUCUCUCUCUCUCUCUCUCUCUCUCUCUCUCUCCCCUCCCCCUUCUUUCCUUUCCUUUCCUUUCCUUUCCUUUCCUUUCCUUUCCUUUCCUUUCCUUUCCUUUCCUUUCCUUUCCUGAUUACAUUCUCUGAUCCAUUCACUUAGCUGAAUCCUUGGCAGCUAACUUGCUAAGAAAGGAUGUCAUUGAAUGGCCAGGCUACAGGUUGUGUGCUCCAGUGAUACCUGUUUAAAGAGAUUCUAAUAAGUAUAACUGGAAGCUUGCUCUAAAAUAUAUAUUUAUAGUCUUACU